AGUACCUUGUGGAAAGUUGCACUUUUAGGUCAAUCCCAGGAACCCGUUGACCAUAAUCCUGGUCGUGGACAUCUUGCCAAAAUCUCACGCGUGGACCGGGAGGAACAACUGAUGCCGUUUUCUACGCUCGAUUUGCCCAUUAACCCGAUGGCAGCACCGGAGCUGAAGCAGCCCCGUAAACCCAAUCACGCACCAAAUCCG